CCCCCUCCUUCCUCUCUGCCUUCCCUCCCUCUUUCCCUCCCUCCCCUCCAGAAUUAAAGUUGGGACAGUCGCGCUCCGGGGAUGGGUGCGAGCCAACGCCUCUGCUGCCGGCUCGCUCUGCUCCCUCCCCAGGUCGCCCGGAGCUCGCGUCCCCGCCCGCCCGCCCAGGAGGGAUGCUGCUCCGGGAGCUGCUGGGGCUGCUCCGCUGCUGCUGGCCCUCCCUGCUGCUGCACUGUGCUUUCCACCCGCUUUGGGGCUCCUUUCAGAUCACUCGGGGUGAGCCCCAGAAGUCAUGUUCCAAGCCUAUAGAAGAGAAAGUCACAGAGAGCUGCCAGGAAAUUUGCCAGUGCAGGCCACCUCCACCAUUACCACCGCCUCCUCCACCGCCACCGCCCCCCAGGUUGCUGGUGGUGCCGACUCCCAAGUCUACAUUUUGUCCCACUGAAGAUACCUGGUGGCCAGGCCUGGUUAUUAUCAUUGCAGUAUGCUGCGCCACACUAGUGUUCCUCUUUGUAGUUGUCAUCAUUUGCUACAAAGCCAUAAAAAGGAAACCAAUGAGAAAAGAAGAGAACGGAACUGAAUAUGCAAUGACCUCCUCCCAGAACAACAAAACAGUUGAUAACAAUGCAGCUGUAUAAUCCCUGAAACCCCACCAAGGCGCAGGAGGUGGUAAACUUUCAAAGCACACACAGGGAGUAUGCAAGGUGGGUGAAAUAAGGCAAGGAAAGGAGCUCUGUGGCCAAGGACUCCAUUUCAGAAAUCGUGCACCCAUCAGUGAUUCAGAAGAGAAAAGCAGGCUGCUCGUCAAGCUUGCUGCUUCUCCAAAGGAGGAUAAACUGGGCCACUGGGCUGCCUGGAGAAAAGGCCUCACAAAGGCAUAAGCACUGCAUGCUGCAUCUUGUGAAAGCAAUGUUGCGAUGCCUCCCGCUUCUCCCUCUCUUCCCUCCCACAUUCAGUUUGAAUUGAGUGCCCACAAAAAGCUGCUGAAAUAUGAGCCUGUGAGGAGAAGGUGAUCUGCCAGAGUGGCAGCAGCUUGUUAUAAAUGGGUCUGAGGGUCAAGGAUAGGAGGUGUCACCUACGUGCUUCUCCAGCCUGUGCAGUUUUGUAUGCUUCUACUUCAUUCUCAUGAUUUUAAUUAUUUAAUUAUUAAAAAGGGAACAAAGGUUUCUGUUGAGCCAUCAAGCAACCAAAAAUUGCAUGAACUAGUGAUUUAUCCCAGGAAAUUAAUGUAGAGUCUGGUGACUAUGCAAUUUCCUUGGCUGAAGACUUUUCAGGCAAGAGAAAUUUAGCAAUUAGCAUUGCUAUUAGAAUCAUUUUGGUUGGAAAAGACCUUUAAGAUAAUCAGGUCCAACCAUUAACCUAAUACACUGCUGAGUCCACCACUAAACCACAUCCCUGAGCACCACAUCUAGACAUCUUUCAAAUAUCCCCAGGGGUGAUGACCCAACUACUUCCCUGGGCAAGAGUAUUGAAACAGAUUUAUUAUUAAGAGGUGCUUUGUGUGUUAUUACUUCAUAAUCAGCCUCCUUUUUUGUAUUACACUUUGCAUUUUUAUCUUUCUUUUUAAAAUUCUACACAUUUCUCUGUGUUUAUAUCAUGCUGAUUCCCCAGAGAAAACUCUUCAGGAAAGAUCCUGGUGUGCGUAUUUGGACAGGAUUGUGUUGAAAAGGACUAGCAGCCCUUUGAAGUCUUCUCCAUUCACUAAUUAGUAUGAUUUCCAGAAAGUGCAGAGUUUCC